AUGGCAACCACAAUACCCCCCGGUGGCCCUCCACCAAACGCAACCGUCUACGUCCGCAAUCUCGAAGAGAGUAUCAAGAUCCCCACCCUCAUUGAAUCCCUCAAGGAGAUCUUCUCCGAGUACGGCACCAUCAUCGACGUCGUCGCAAAGGCGAACCUGAAAGCCAAGGGCCAAGCUUUCGUGGUGUUCGACAAUGUGGAGAGCGCGACGCAGUGUAUCGAGGAGGUGCAGGGCUUCGACCUCUUCGGCAAGCCGAUGCAGCUGGCGUUCGCGAAGACGAGGAGCGAUGCGUUUGUGAAGCGGACGGCGGGCGACGACGAGCUGGAGAGUCAUAAGCGCAGACGGCUGGCGGAGAAGGACAAGAAGAAGGCUGCCGAGCAAGCGGAGGAACUGAAGAGACUGAAGCAUACCGCUCCGCCUGGCAUGGCACCGGAUAUGGGCGCGCGACCGAUCAAGGCGACUCGUGGUGCUGGGCUCAAGUCUACGAAUGCCGGUGCUGCGGCUGUUAUCCCCGACGAAUACCUGCCUCCGAAUAAGAUCCUGUUUUUGCAGAAUUUGCCGGAGGAUUACGAUGUAGACUCUCUUACUGCAAUCUUCGGUCGCUUUGAGGGAUUUAGAGAAGUCAGAUUGGUGCCUGGUCGUAGAGGUAUUGCUUUCGUGGAGUAUGAUGCCGAGGUCGGUGCUAUUAGCGCAAAAGAGAAUACAGCGGGCAUGUCAUUGGGCCAGGGACAGGUCAUGAAAGUUACCUAUCAAAGGCAGUAG